AUGGAGACCAUCGUUACCGACAAAGUCAUCCACCAAGCCCCGGCUAUCAACACAGUCCUACUCGAAGCUUCAAAUACAGACGACUGGAAUCUUUCAGGUGAAUCUAAAAGCCUACCAUCAGAUCACUCAAGCCCCGCGAACCUGUGGGGAAUCCUACUAGCAGAUAGUUCAAAACCCUCAGACGUGUCUGAAAUCAUACUAGCAGAUGACUCGAAACUCUCGGACUUUUCCGAAAGCAUACUGACAGAUGAUUCGAAACCGUCGGACUUGUCUGGAAGCGUACUUCCAGAUGACUCAAGUCUAUCGGAACUAUCUGAAAGCCUACCCACACAUGACACUUGCUAUUCGCACUCACAUACACACCUUGAGGCCCUCCCAGCUGAGAUUCGAUUCCAGAUCCUCUCCUUGCUGGGAUACAAAGGGCUCAAAGCUUUGGUUGAAGCAUCGUCCAUCUACCAUGAACAGUACCUUGUCGAUUGCGGGCUUCUUCUCUUUGGCUGCCUGGAAAAUACCCCGAGUAGCCUGAUCUUCGAAGCAUCUGUUGUCCAUGAGACUGGCUCACUAGCCUUUUCUGAAGCACGCACCUCCGACAACAUCCUUCAAUUUUGCCAGUCUCUCAAGGAGCGGCGCUCGUCGUCCAAGUUCUCUAAUUUAACAGAAGAUCUCACUAGAGAAGAUGCCAAGGACAUGAUGGCCUUCCAUUUUGAUGUGAUAAAGCCUUUUGCAAAACACUAUGCUGAGUGGGCACUGAGCAAUUUGGCAAAGGAGCCGGAAGCGUCACAUACCAAGGUCGAUGAGCCUCUAAGUGAGUCUGAGGAAUUCAGGAUCAUCCGCGCCCUUUAUCGCUUCCAGAUUUGCUGCAAUCUGUUUGGCCUUGGCCCUCACCAAGACCAUGUUAGUGGCGACUAUCAGAGCUACCUGUUUGUAAAAAUUCGCAAAAUAUGCCAGUUUCUUGAGAGUCUCUAUCACCCCUGGGAAUUGGAGGAGUUAUACAGCAUCAAUCUUUUUGCGGAAGGGAAAUGCACAGAAUUCAUCAAGUCUAUCGAGUGGGACUUUCAUGAAGACAAUCCCAGGUUCGACCGCCAAGGGAGACCAUGUACCCCGGAUGGUGCAAUCGAUAUUCGCAGUCAGUACUCCCCUACUUACGAUGACUGCUACAUGAGGGGAAUCCUUACACGAGGCCUCAGAUUCCUCCACAAGAUCAUGUACGAGAUACAAGACCACAUGGAGGUAGUCCGCAUUAUGGAGAAUAACUUGGUUAUGUUAUGGCCCGAAUUUCUGGGUGGGUGCCACGGAGCUCUCGAUAUUACUACAAGACACGAUCGCCGCCUCGAUUACCCGUCGGCCGAGGACAAGAGAGAGGAGCUGAGAGAUCCAUUGCCCUUUCGAGGUGAUAUUGUCAACAACUCGGACGGAGAGUACCCGCCACUGGCGUGGACAAUACUAUGGGAAGGAACUUACAGUAAUAUGCUGGGAGGUGAGGGUGUGUCGUAUAUUGCGGAAUGGGGCUACGUUAUGUGGGAUGCAGCGCGGCUGGAACGCACCGGUGCGAAGGAAGUGUUGGCAAGGAGGUGGCGUGAAAGGUUACGGUUAUCAUUGGGUGAGGACCCAAGGGAAUACAACGAUAGAUACCUAGCUCUGGGAUAG